UGAUUAUUUUUUCAAACUUUUUUAGCUCAAAGAGACACGUAUAAAAUUGCAUCAAACAGAAAGUGAUUAUCAGAGAAUGAUUGAAGAUUUCAAUGCAGCUCAAAAACAAUUAAUGUUAGCAACAAAACAUGAAGCAGAUUCGCAAAAAUCAUUAAUAAUUAUGGAAAAAGAUUAUUGUUCUAAAAUCGAAAAAAUAGAAAAUGAAGCGAUCGGUCUGCGUGAUUUAGUAGACAAAUUGAACGAAGAAUUGGAAGAAACUAAAAAAAAACUUGCGUCAAAAAACAUCGAACUUUGUCAAGCGCAAGAUAAAUGCAAAAGUUAUACCGAUCAUUUGGAUAUCAUACGACAAGAUCUUGAGAUGGAAAAGGAUGAAUUAAUAAAGGCCGAGAGUGUGAAUCGCGACUUGAUUUUACAGUUACAAGAAUACAUGAACGAAAAUUAUCAGCUUGGUCAACAGAAGAUUUCACUUGAGCAAAAUAAUUCCACGUACAUAACUGAGUUAAAGGACAUGCGCAAAUCUUUGUUUGAAUUGAAAAAGGAAUGCCAUUUAAAGGACCAAUCGCUAACAUGUAUGUCGGUUGAUUUGACCGAAGCAGCUAUGAGUAGAUCAGAACUCUGUAAAGAGUCUCAAUAUAUAAUUUCAUGCAUUCGUGAUUGCAUGGAACAACAAAAAAAAUAUAAUAAAACUCUAGCAAAAAAUCUGAAAAAUAAACAACAACUUUUAAUGCAGCUUGUAUUUGAAAAAAAAGCUCUAUUAAUUAAAAUCAAGAAACUGAAACGAAUUAAUUUAUUGGCACAGAAAUUAAAACGAACGCACGGACAAUUAACUGGUAGAGGUCUUAAAAAAGCAUAUGUAAAAAACGAUAUCUCACCGUCGAUUAAAACUCGUCAGAAUGUAGAAACGGAUUUAAUUUCGAGUUUAAAUUACACAGAUUUAUACAAGAAAUAUUUCAUAGAACCAAUAAAAACUAAUCGACGUAUAUCGACAUGUGGUGACUCAUGGUGGUUUCCUAAAAUGGAGUAUUUAAUAAGUGAGAUGCAGAAAAGUAAUCAAUGGAAUGAUAAUUUUAGCCAUGCAACGGAAUCCGAUACUUCACUGGAAGAGAACCGUGAUUACGGUUAUCAGUCUUCUUCUGCAAGCAAAUAAAGAGGAACGAGAGAUUUUUCGUAAUAAAUACUGUAAAAGAAAAGUCUGAUGUCGACUAUUGUGUGAACGUGUUUGUAAUGUAAUUUAUGUUUGUGCUAUUUUUUGCGUGACAAUUUUCUACAUAUAUAUAAUAUAUAUAAUCAA